AUGCGCAAGCUUCCCACCGAGAUUGCUCUUCAAGUGUUUUCUUAUAUGGAGGACAAAGAUGUGGCCAAGGUGCGUUCCACAUCCAAGUGGUUCCGUGUCAACAUGUCCGACCGCUUCGCCGAGUAUUGUACUCAGACGCUCGAGAAGAAGACGGAGUUCAAAGACAAGAGAUGGGACUUCUCCCUCACAAGAUCGGCCAUGAAUCAGCUAUUGCUCAUCUGCCGCAUCCCGCGCCUCGCGCGUCUCAUCACAAGUGUCAACAUCAAUUUCGACUGUCCCAACCAGGCUGGCGUCAGGCUAUUCGACAAAAUCGAGCGUGCGUACCAAAAUGCCGCAGCGGCGGACAGGAUGCUGGUCCUCCUGGGAUUCAAUACGCUCAAAUCGCUCCCUGCCGACAAGUUGUUCCGCCGCUUCCAGCAAGAGAAACGCCUAUACGAAUGCGAUUACAGAGAGCACGCGGCGGAAAUUGCCACGGGAGAUGACCUAUCGAUGCUGGUCGAAGUCUUCAACGAGUUCACGCACCUUGAGAAUAUUCGGAUUGGAGGCUGGAACAAGGACAUGCGGGUCGAUCACAAUGACCUGAUGUCUACCAAGGACCGCCAUCGCCAGAAAUACUUUUAUAUGCUUCCUAUUAUGACGCUCUACAACGCAGAUGAGCAGCUCUUAUUGGAAACGCAUGACGAAUGUAUGCAGCAUGUAUUCAAGAGGACCAUGGCGGCGCUUAGCUCAUCCAAGCUGAUGCUCGACAGCCUCACAGUCGACCCCAUCAUACACGGGCGCAACUCCAGCUCAACGCUGCUAGCAUCUAACAACAUGAUCAAUAGCGAUUGCCUUAGGAGCCUGGAAGGAAGAUUCUCCUCCUUGAAGAAGCUGGAGCUUCGUCUGUGGUGUCGAAGUACCAGGAACGACUUUGACGAAGUGCCAUACUGGAAAUUAUUGCAGUUUGCACCUAACUUCGAGAGCAUUGACAUUACAUGGGACAAACCUGACUAUAUGCCCUGCCGGAGGUUCGGCGAGACUCUUGCGUGUUACCGUUCGCCUCGGCUGCGCAGCAUCAAGCUGAGUGAGGUGAAGAUCAGCGGCGAGGCGCUGUUCAAAUUCCUCCAAGGACACAAAGACUCUCUGCGCCGACUAAGCUUGCGGGAUAUGACUCUAUUUGGCGGGGCAUGGGCGCGCAUUUGGGCGUUGCUAAAACAUGAAGUCCAGCUCGAAAAUGCUUUCUUUGGAUCGUUGCACGAAGACCAGCCGCUUGGUUCUAUUGCUUUUCCAUGGAAAUCGGAUCCCGAUCCCUCGUCUGUCUACAGGAAGAGAGCUCUUCAACUAGGACCGGACGACAGUGAAUUUGUUGACGACAUGGCGAUAGUGGAAAGGGAGGUAGCCGACGGCCUUGACAAAUUGGUCAGGCUGUCCGUUGUUGGGCCCUUCUGGUGGGUCGAAUGA